UUCAUGGAAGAUCAUGUCUAAAACUAACUCGUGGACGAAACUUACCAAAUCCAUGGAAACAAUCGACAUACACAUGUACAUGUAACAGCAUUAUCGUUUGUUAAAACAAAAGUUUACAAGCCCGAAGAACGAUUACAUACGAUUAGUUUUGCAUAUGAAAUAGAUUACAUUGGCGAUGAUUGCGUCGUAAGACCCUAUUAGUUUAGAUAAACUUACCUUUUCGUUUGUUUCUGCGAAAUUUAUCCUUUACUGCCUUUUUCACAGCGAACGCCAUGAACAGUUGAUUCGAACGUCUGAGCCAGUGGCAAAACCAGGAAGUUACUGAUAAAUAAAGACACUAAAAUCAAGUUUAAUACAAAACAGCGCAGCUAUUCAAGAGGAUUGGGAUGGACCUUAUACUCCCUUAGCACUACUCUUGAGGAUCUGAAGUGAUCAUGUGAUCAUGCAUGCAAGGCACUCUGAAGAACGGUUACCAAGCAAAAGGAAAAGAAACAUCAAGAACUUCAUCGUGAUUAACUUUUGAUAGUUUUUACUCAUCCCUCUCGUGUUUUACAUAUUCUCGAGCCGUUAGAUAUUAUAUAUUUCGUUACAGGAGGAAACGAAAUAAUGAGCUGAAUGCUUAGAAACUUGCUGAAUAAGUAUAAAACUUGAAUAGAUGGCCUUGUCACGCAUGAGUGUGCACGAUCUAAUGGGAAAUACCCACAACAAAGGAAGGACAAAAAAGAAACAAGUUCUUGGAAAGGAAGGUGCAAGCACCUUUCACUCCAGAGAUGAAAGUGAUCAUGUUGAUGAGAUAUAUGAUCAAGGAUUAAGACAUUUUCGUGAAUCUGAAUUGAAGAGGCAGGAAGACAUGCGAAAGAUUAAGCCUCAGAACCCAAAUUUAGAUGUCAAAAAGGAAGGAGAUGUACAAGAGGAAAGGAAUGCACAAACUGUGCAUGGCACUAGCAAUGGUACACUUUCAAGUGAUCUAUACCAAGGUUUAUCAAAUCUUGUGAUGGAAGAUCAGGAUAGAAAUCUGCAUGAUAAUCAUGCUUCGCCUCAAGAUGCUAUAUCAUGCAAUGAUGGAAGGAAUCUAAAUAAUGCAUCUGAUGAUUGCCAUGACCUCAGUCAGGAACAGCAAAGUGGUUUGAACCAAGCUAAUGGUCCAAGUGAUGUUGCUGAUGGAGCACCAGUGACAGAUCCUAGUAUUCAUGAACUUGAAUUGAGAGAGUCUUGCAUACCAAACUCUUUAGGUCCUGGUACUAUGUCUUAUACUUCUAGUUAUGAAAAACCUGAUUCUAACCCUAGUACAAAUACAAAUUGUGGGAUUGAAGCAGCUGAGAGCAUUAGGAAAACUCCAGCUCAUAAGAAAACUCCCGAGGAACAGAAUGAGCAUUCCCCUACUUCAUCUGUACCUCCAACACCUCAGCCAAAGAGCGAAUCAUGUAGUCCUGAAACUUCACAGAUUGUUCCUGGUGGACACCUGAAAGGAUCAGGACAAGAUGAAGAAGCAGAGAAAAAGAAAAAUACAAAGUUGAUCACACAAAGCCAAUCAUGUAGUCUUAUCAUCUCUGUAAGAGUCUACAGUCAAGAAAAAGAGAGUGUUUUUGUCGGUGCAAGUGAGGGGAGGUUGGGACAACUUUAGCACACGCAGGUCAUGAUCAAAGUCAAGUGAACAGUUGGUUGUUAUUGUCAAAGUCAUGACUUUUGCCAGAUAAAAACCAAACUUCUGUGAACAUUUUCGUAUGUAGAUUGUGUGUCCUCAUAUUGGAAGCUUAAUUGUUAUUAACAUUAAUAUAGAACUGUUUACAGUGGAGCUUUGCAGGACUUUGAUUGUUUUUGUAAAGAGAAAAGUGAAGUUUAUAACUCGAAGACUGGGAUCUUUCAAAGAGCAAUUCUUCAAUUGAUUACCCAUACUUUUGUGCUGACUUUGUUGUUUAGUUCUGUAAUCAUGAUAAUAUUUAGCCUUCUGUUGAACCUAAUUGAUUCAGAACAAGGCUUGAUGGUCUAUAUUAAGCCUUUCAAAAUAAUGAA